AGGAUAACACAUUGAUUCACAGCGAAUGGGCUGAAAGAGACGCUGGCUUUAUGUAGUCACUUCCUCUAUCCUAGGAAGGUUCCACCACCUCUCCCAGAACUCGGAAAGCUCUCCGGAGGGGUGUCUCGAAGUCUGCCGCCGCCCGCUGGGGAAAUGCAGCAGGUUCCGGAAGAUCAGGGACGCGCUUCACCUCGACCCGCCUCCACCACAAGCACCCCGGGACCCCAGCAGAGUGCAGCGCGCACACCGUUGGCCAUGAGUCCUCUGAGGCUGCGAGCGACGCUCUCGCUUCUGCUGCUGUCGGGCGGCUGCCUGCUCGCGGCUGGCGCGAGGGACCAGGCGGCGGCUGGCAGCGCGGCGCAGCGGUCCUCGGGGCGCUUCGUGAGCCCGGAGCAGCACGCGUGUAACUGGAAACUCCUGCUGCCCGCCCCGGGGGCCACCGCCGGCGGCGAAGUGGGGCUGCGCUGCCUGGGCCCGGACGGGGCGCGCCACGAGUGCGCCUACCGCGGGCGGCCCGAGCGCUGCGCCGCCUACCGGGCCCGCCGCGCGCACUACUGGCACCAGGUGCUGGGCGCGCUGCGCCGGAGGCGGCGGCCCUGCCACGACCCCGCGCCGCUCCGGGCGCGCCUGUGCGCGGGCAAGAGGGGCCGCGGCGCUGAGCUGCGCCUCGUGCCCCACGCGGCCCCGCCCCACGGCCCGCCGCCCACGAGGUUUCCAAAUUGCCCAGGCGCAGGGCCGGGCGCCGGGGAAGGCCCCUGAGCUCGCUGCCCCAAGAGGAAGCCUCUGAGCAAGAGGAAAGCGGGCAGGAGGAAGGCGGCCUCGGAGCCGGGGGAGGAGACACGCGUGGGGACCGGGCCCGACCCCGACCCCGACCCCGACGGGCUGGACGGGAACGCGGAGCUCGCGGAGACGUACUGCGCUGAGAGGUGGCACUCAAUCUGCAGCUUUUUCGUCAACUUCUGGACCGGUUGAGGGGCCGCGGGCCCAGGGAGGGAGCGGGCGGCCCCAAGGAGGAGGGGUGGGCGCGGCCGGUGGGAAGGCUGAGGGCUUCCAGCGCCGAAGGCCGCCUGGAGGGAGUGGGGAGGAGCCGAGAUGCAGAAUGGGGCUGGGGUGCGCGGGGCUGAACUUCGGAGGCUGAAGUUAAAGGGUUUUGAAGCAUCUCUGUUCUAAACGCAGAAGAAAUAGUGGGAACAAAAAUAGCAAACAUUACAGAACGAAUACUUGUAGUGAUGGGAAUCUCGUCGGAAGCGGGAUACAGUGUAUAUUAACACAUUUGUAUUAAAAUGUCAUCGUGAGUAAUAGAUAACCUGAGCCAGGCUGAAUUGUUUCACUCUUACCUGUUCCAUUGAUAAGAUGGCAGACCCACUCCCUUCUGAACUGCUAGGACUUCAGGAAGACUUGG